UCUCUCUCUCUCCUCCACCUCCCAUGUCAUUUUACAAUUUUAGUCAUUCCUGGUCCCGAGGUCUUGGUCGAUUUCUGGUUGGAAAAUCGAACAGGUCCAAAUCCUAUCUCCUUCUUCUAUCUUUUUUGCUUGCAGAAGAAGAACUCCUCCAUCGUUCUUCACAUGGUGGUUCCUCCUUUUUCUCUCUAUUUCUCUCUGCUACUACUAAAUAUUCUCCGUCAAUCCAGAGAGAGUAGGUAGAUGCCAUCUGAACUUUUCUGUGUUCACGGGUGAUUAGCAAGGCGAAAACAACGAGAGAUGCAGACAUCAAGGAUAAGACGCAAAGUCGCUCCUGUAGCCAACGAUGGGGAGUCUUCGGACAAGCUUGACCAACUUCUUCUCUCCGCCGCCAUCUGCAACGGCGAAGAUUUAGGCCCUUUUGUACGCAAAGCCUUCGCCUCAGGUAAACCAGAAACAAUCCUUCACCACCUACGCCACUUCACGAAGUCCACGGAGUCAGAGAUCGAGGAGCUUUGUAAAGAACACUACCAGGACUUCAUCAUGGCCGUUGAUGACCUCCGAUCCCUCCUCUCCGACGUUGAUUCCCUGAAGUCCUCCCUCUACAACUCUAACGAAGUCUUGCAGUCCGUCGCUGGUCCUCUCCUUGUCUCCCUCGAUUCCUUCGUUGAGGCUCAGAACGUCAGCAGCAACAUCUCCCUCGCCCUUGAUUCCAUCCAAAUUUGUGUUCGAUUGAUGGAGCUCUGUUCCAGAGCCAACUUCCAUCUCUCCGGCAACAAUUUCUAUAUGGCUUUGAAGUGCGUCGAUGCGAUGGAGAGGGGUUUCCUCGAGAAAACCCCGUCUGUCACGCUUCGGAAGAUGCUCGAGAAGAAGAUCCCCGCCAUCCGAUUGCAUAUCGAGAAGAGGGUUAGUAAGGAAUUCGGCGAUUGGCUUGUCGAGAUCCGGAUCGUUAGUCGGAAUUUAGGUCAAUUGGCUAUAGGGCAGGCCUCGGCGGCCAGGCAGAGAGAGGAGGAGCUUCGAAUCAAGCAACGUCAGGCCGAGGAGCAGAGCAGGCUCAGCUUGAGGGAUUGUGUCUAUGCCCUCCAAGAGGAAGACGAGGACGACGUUGUCACUGGUGCUGCCGGAAAUGGCAAAGAGAAACUUAGUAACGGUGGCAGUGAUCUCUUGGGGUUUGAUUUGACGCCAUUGUACAGGGCUUACCAUAUCCACCAAACCCUAGGGCUUGAGGAUCGGUUCAAGCAGUACUAUUUCGAGAACCGGAAGCUUCAGUUGACGUCUGAUUUUCAGGUAUCCUCCAUGACUCCUUUUCUGGAAUCCCACCAGACCUUUUUCGCACAGAUUGCCGGAUUCUUUAUUGUGGAAGACCGGGUUUUGAGGACGGGUGGUGGCUUAAUUUCCAAGUUUGAGGUUGAGACUCUAUGGGAAACUGCUGUCAGUAAAAUGUGUUCUGUGUUAGAGGAUCAGUUCUCCAGGAUGCAGACCGCCAAUCAUCUUCUGUUGAUAAAAGAUUACGUUAGUUUGCUUAGUGUGACCCUGCGUAGAUAUGGCUACCCUGUGGAUGCUCUGCUUUUUGUUCUAAGCAAGCAUAGGGACAAGUAUCAUGAGCUUUUGCUUUCUGAUUGUAAGAAAUUCAUAGGAGAAGCUCUAGCUGCUGAUAAGGUUGAGCAGAUGCUGAUGAAAAAGGAGUAUGAGUAUUCGAUGAAUGUGCUUUCGUUUCAGCUCCAGACAUCUGAUAUAAUUCCGGCAUUCCCCUAUAUUGCACCGUUUUCUUCUACUGUUCCAGAUUGUUGCAGAAUCGUACGUUCCUUCGUAGAGGAUUCUGUGAGCUUCAUGUCACAUGGUGGGCAGCUAGAUUUUUAUGAUGUGGUCAAGAAAUACUUGGACAGGUUGUUGAGUGAGGUCUUGGAUGGGGCACUGGUUAAGCUCAUCAAUACAUCAAUACAUGGAGUCUCCCAGGCAAUGCAGGUAGCAGCAAACAUGGUGGUAUUGGAGAGAGCCUGUGAUUUUUUCUUCCGUCAUGCUGCGCAGCUUUCGGGCAUACCCUUGAGAAUGGCAGAGAGAAGUAAAAGACCGUUUCCACUGAAAAAUGCUCGUGAUGCAGCAGAAGAGAUGCUUUCUGGUAUGCUUAAAGCCAAAGCGGAUGGAUUCAUGACUUUGACUGAGAAUGUGAAUUGGAUAACUGAUGAACCACCACAAAAUGGGAACGAGUAUGCCAAUGAAGUGAUCAUAUAUCUUGAGACAUUGGUUUCCACUGCUCAACAGAUUCUUCCAGCUCAAGUACUUAAAAGGGUCUUGCAAGAUGUUCUUUCCCAUAUAUCUGAGACAAUCCUUGGGGUUCUAGUUGGGGAUUCAGUUAAGAGGUUUAAUGUAAAUGCUAUUAUGGGGAUUGAUGUGGAUAUCAGGCUUCUGGAAUCAUUCACAGAAAACCAAGCUCAUCUUUUCUCAGAUGCAGAUGCAAAUCAGUUGAAGUCAUCACUGGCCGAAGCGAGGCAAUUGAUUAAUUUACUUUUGAGCAGUCAUCCUGAGAAUUUUCUCGACCCUUUGAUCAGAGAGAGGAGCUAUGACUUGCUAGACUAUAGGAAAGUGGUGACGGUUUCAGAGAAGUUGAAGGAUCCUUCAGAUCGGUAUUUUGGAUCGUUUGGAACGAGGGGGCUGAAGCAGAACCCAAAGAAGAAAUCAUUAGAUGCUUUGAUAAAGAGACUCAAGGAAGUGAGCUGAAUUUAUGCAUGCCUGUUAAUUACAGAUGGGUUCUCUGUUAGAGCCAAGACCCAUGUCGUUGAUGCCGUUUAUAUGUCUGAUUCUACUCUGCUUGACGCCGUUCCC